AUGGAAGAUAAUGAGCAACUGGCUCUUGUGCAAUAUAAUGUGAGUGUAAUUAUGAUCAGUUUGGCUAAUGAACAGCUCCUUCCAGUUAUUGAGGAAUCUAAUGUGAACGCAUCUUUUUCGGUGAGGAAAGAAAUCACUCUGCUCCAGUGGUCUCUAUUCAGUCACUUGCAACACAGCUCUUCAUUUUGCGGCAUAUCAAUUAUGAAGUCCUAUUUAAUGACCAUUGCCAUCCUUCUUAUCUUGGUUCAGAAAACUUCAGGUGGCCUGUUCAGACCCCACUAUGGAAGGAACCAAGAACCUUGGAAUCCAUGUGAGCUUUAUCAAGGGAUGUGCAGAAACAACUGCAAGAAACAUGAAAUUCAGCACUCAACCUGCCAAAAUAACCUAAAGUGCUGCCUGCAAUUUUCUAUGAGAAUAACACCUAGUUCUAACCCUGAAGAGAAGGAAUAUGGCUCCAAUUCCAACUUGUCAGUUAAAAACACUUCAAGUUACUCUGAAGUUUGAAUAUUGACAACAUCACCCCCUCUUGUAGCGAUUCCUCUCUGUUCUGGAACACUUCCCAUAAAAAAUG